CUUGACGCGAAGAGCAGACCGCCAGAAAUACAUAAACGGUGAAAGAUCGACAUGCUGAAUAUAGCAUCCCGACCGCUGUCUCGCCGCGGCGCCCAAGCCUUAGCAUCAGCACAGGCCCCAAGCCGUGCCCCAGCCAUUUGUAGGCGCUGCCUGCUGCACACCUCUUGCAGCUUCCCCUCAUGGGGGCAGCGAACCGACGACGUCGUCGCCGUACCGCCCAGAAGCAUAGCAGAUGCAAGCCGCUCAAGAAAUGGAAAUAGGGAUGUGUGGCUCCAAAGGCAGCAACAGAAGCGUUACUUCACUUUGCCGGACUUAUCCAAACUGGCGAGCACAUUGAAUCCCGUUGGAUCAGGUCGCGAUGGCACGCCACGGAAUGUACAAACGUUCAAGCAAAGUCGGGAUAUGCCCUACACCCCACAAGAGCUCUACGCAAUCGUCGCCAACGUCGACUCGUACCAUCUAUUUUUACCAUAUUGCACGCACUCGCAAGUCGUUGGGCCAGAUCCGAGUGUAGUAGUUGAAAAUGACCAUCAAGUCGUGCUGGCAGACCUCGGUAUUGGCUUUGGCAGCUUUCAGGAAAAAUAUCGCAGCAGGGUGGAGUUGCACCAGGACAGGACUGUGAUGGCAUCGGCGCUUCCAGACUCAAACCUAAUCUUUACGCAGCUCUCUACGACCUGGUCCUUUUCCCCUGCGCCCGCCGCCACGUCGGGGCGCGACCAAACACGCAUCCACUUCCAGCUAGACUAUGCCUUCAGCAACCCCAUGUACGCGCUCGUCGCAGGGCAAGUAUUCGAAAAAACCAGCCAAAUGGUUAUGCACGCUUUCGAAAAACGUGCAGCGGAGGUGUAUGGCCUCCGAGUGCGCCAAUCGGCUCCGCACUAGACUUGCCGCUGGCAUGGAUACCGCGGACCUCACAGGUUACAAGCUUGACGCGCUGAUCAGCAGAGACAAUCUUGUCUUAGUGUAGCCUACAUUCUGUUCUAUAGCAUCAUUGUGCGCUUCUUUGAAGCAUCACAUAGAGUGAUAAAUAGACAAGUAAUUCCGAGUUAAUGUAGCUUGCAAGCUUGAGUAGCGAGGACACUACAGUGCUCAGCAGUGCAACUACGAAAGGGCGGUGUAGUGAAUCCACUAUGCGAAACAUUCAGUGUGACGCAGGCGAGCGAGCGCACCGGUACGCAUCUCACGAC